AUGGUUAAGGAAUUAGAAAAAUACGGAAUGAAGUGUGUAUCACUUCAAGAAAUCAGAUGGAAAGACGCCGGGAAAACCAAAAUAUCACAAACAACCAUCUUCAACGGAGAGUGUGAAAAGGGUCAUAGACUGGGAACCGGUUUUGCAGUACACAAAUCUAUUAUACAUUUAGUAAAAGAGUUUAGAGAUAUAAACCCUAGAAUUGCAACUUUAACCCUUAAAACAGAUAAUUUUUACAUGGUGAUAAUUAACGUGCAUGCACCAACAGACGAUAUGGAAGAGGAAGAAAAAGAGAUGUUCUAUGCAGCACUAGAAGAUACGUUUAACCAGUCGAUUGAAGAUAUAAGAUUAGUAUUGGGUGAUUUUAAUGCGAAGAUAGGACGUGAAGAAGUUACAGAUCGACUAUUGGAAGCCAUAGCCUACAUACAAACACAAAUGAUAACGGUAUCAAACUAA